AUGCCUUCCGGAGCAGUGAUGGACGCGUUCAAGAAUUUGAUCCGACAUGGCAAGCAUGCUCGGGCACCGGCCGCCCAGGCUGCGUCACCGGUAGUGACCGACCACCAGGCAUCGAGACGUGAUGACGGCGCUUCCCGAAGCAGCCGAGAGCGGGAACGAGAACGAGAACGAGAACGAGAACGGGAGCGAGAACGAGAAUCUCGAGAGCAAGAACGGCAACGACAGAGUGCACAGGAAAAGGCACAAAUGCAAAUGCCAUCGAAACACGAAUCGAUUCCUACCACCGAGAACAAGCCCUAUUCACGCGAGGCCGAGAUGAUAGUUGCCGAAGAGCGCGAGGCCGCGAGCAAGAUGCCCCAGUUCCCUGCCCUCGAGCGAUACAGGAUGAUCGAGAAGAUGGGAGAUGGUGCUUUCUCCAAUGUCUUCAAGGCUGUCGAUCUCCAGACGGGCAAGAAAGUCGCUGUCAAGGUCGUCCGCAAGUACGAGAUGAGCAGCUCACAGGACGGAAACAAGCACCUGAACGAAAAAUUCAAGAAAAAGGGUCAGCGCGUCACGGAGCGCGCAAAUAUACUCAAAGAAGUUUCCAUUAUGCGUGGCCUCAACCACCAAUCUAUCGUUAAGCUCUUGUCAUUUAGCGAAUCCGAUGAACACUUUUUCCUCGUCUUGGAACUGAUGGGUGGAGGAGAGCUCUUCCAUCAAAUUGUCAAGCUCACCUACUUUAGUGAGCCCCUUGCACGACAUGUUAUCCUCCAAGUCGCACACGGCAUUCGCUAUCUACAUGAAGAACGGGGUGUCGUACACCGUGACAUCAAGCCCGAGAACUUGCUCUUUGAACGUAUCCCCAUCAUCCCCAGCAAGAACCCUGUAGCUCGACAGUAUGACGAGGACAAGGAAGACGAGGGUGAAUUCAUUCCGGGAGUAGGAGGCGGAGGAAUCGGGCGUGUCAAGAUUGCAGAUUUCGGUCUAAGCAAGAUUGUCUGGGACGAACAAACCAUGACGCCAUGCGGUACUGUCGGCUAUACCGCCCCCGAAAUCGUCAAGGACGAACGGUACAGCAAGAGUGUGGACAUGUGGGCACUUGGAUGCGUGCUUUAUACCCUCCUCUGCGGCUUCCCUCCAUUCUACGACGAGAGUAUCAACGUCCUUACCGAAAAGGUUGCCCGUGGAUACUACACCUUCCUCAGCCCGUGGUGGGAUGACAUCUCUGCUAGCUCCAAGGAUCUCAUCAGCCACUUGCUUUGCGUCGAUCCAACCCAACGAUACACGAUCGAUGAAUUCCUUGCUCAUCCCUGGUGCCAUGAAACCGAAGCACCUCUGCCUCCACCAACGCCAGCCGCCGUUAACCGAGGCAAUGCUCCAAUGGAUUCGCCCCUCUUGGCUGCUGUGCGCGGAGGAGCUCGCGACGGGCGGUCACCCGGUUUGGCCACCCUCAAGGAAGCAUUCGACGUCACCUAUGCCGUACACCGUAUGGAAGAAGAGGGUGCCCGGCGAAAACGCGGCGGCGGAGGGUUCUUGCACAACCUCAACGAGGAGGACGAGGAGGAAGAAGACUCGGAGACCAUCACGCGCAAGUAUGGUGCUGAAGUCGGGCGGGCUGUGGACGAGAGGCGAAACCAGCAACAGCAACAGCAGCAGCAGCAGCAGCACAACAACAACAACCACAGCAGCAGCAGCAGUAUUCGGGUGCAGGCGGAGCCGAUCGACGGUACGAUGAGAAAACGGGCUGGAGGCGCGUUCGAUCUUGACCUGAACAACGCAACGCUGCUCGGACGAAGGCACAAACGCACAGUCGAACCAAGUCCCUUGGGCAGGUUCGCACCUCAACAGCAACAACAGAAUGGAGGUAUAUUGGAUGUACCGGGCAGCCCGAUGCGGGUUGAUUAA